CGUGGGCAGCAGCUUUAUAACCAUCACCCGUGUCAGGCCAUUUCUUGUAAAUACCCUCGGUUCACAGAACAACUCUUCCUGGAUGGGCAGUCCUGUUGGAGCCUCGAUCCACCCAUUGGUCGCACGUAGGUAGAGCUUCUAAGUCCUGCCCGUUCAAGUAUUUCAUUCAUGGCACGGAACACAAUAAAGACGUGUGCCGUGGAGAACGCACUUAAUUGCAUCUGUCAGUAAGCCAUCUAUCAUCAUCAGUCCCAGGAGCUCGUCUUCUUAUCCAACUUCAACUAUUCAACGGGGGAUAAAACAACUUUAUCAAGAUGUCAAACUCAGGAGGUCGAAGGCUGAAACAGUGGCUGAUUGAGCAGAUCCAAAGCGGACAAUACUCCGGACUCCAGUGGGAGGAUGAAACCCGCACCAUGUUUCGAAUUCCAUGGAAACACGCAGGAAAACAGGAUUACAACCAAGAAGUUGACGCGUCGAUUUUCAAGGCCUGGGCUGUGUUUAAAGGCAAGUUUAAAGAAGGGGACAGGGCUGAGCCUGCGACGUGGAAGACCAGGCUCCGCUGUGCGCUCAACAAGAGUCCAGACUUCGAGGAGGUGACGGAGAGGUCACAGCUGGACAUUUCUGAGCCCUACAAAGUGUACCGCAUUGUGCCCGAGGAAGAGCAGAAACAUGGCAAAAGCUCAAUGGCCAUGGCAGCCACCAGCAGCUCAGGCGACAUCACAGACAUGGACUGCAGUCCUGCAGAAAUAGAGGAGUUCAUGAAAGAGGAGGAAGGCUGCGGCAUCCAGGCGAGUCCAGAAUAUUGGUCCCAGGGCAGCAUCAAUGCUUUCUCACUGCAUCAGGACCCUUUACCGUCCGGCACCCUCAGCUCAGUUUUUUCCCAAAUGAUGAUCACUUUCUACUAUGGGGGGAAGGUUGUGCAGAACACGCAUGUGACUCAUCCCGAAGGCUGCCGGAUUUCCCCGCAGCUCCUGGCUCGUGGCGCCCUCUACAGCUCAGACAGCAUGCAGAGUAUUCAUUUCCCCCCGGCUGAGAUCAUUGAGUACGACAAGCAGCGCUACGUCACGCGCAAGCUCCUGGGCCACCUGGAGAGGGGCGUCUUGGUCCGUGCAAACCAAGAGGGCAUCUUCAUCAAGAGGCUGUGCCAGAGCCGCAUCUUCUGGACUGGGCUGGGAGAAGUGGGCUCACAAUAUAACCCCAUGCCCGGUAAACUUGAGAGGGAUGCUGUGGUCAAGAUUUUUGACACGGGAAGGUUUUUUCAAGCUCUACAGCUGUAUCAGGAGGGUCAGAUUCCUGCUCCUGAUCCCACAGUGACUCUGUGUUUUGGAGAGGAGCUCAAUGACAUCAGCAGUGCUAAGAACAAACUGAUCAUUGUGCAGAUCACCAUGGUGAAUUGCCAGCACAUGCUGGACACGAUGAACAUGCGUCGCACCCAGGCUUACAGCAACAACCCCAACCUGGAGAUGUGUGAUGAAGUGGCGUCUGAGCAGAUGGCUCGCAUCUACCAGGACUUGUGCAGCUACAGCGUUCCCCAGAGGCCAGCCUGCUACAGGGACAACAUGCCCAUCACUGCCUGAGCAGAGAGCAGCAGCACCCAACAGGAACCCUCCUCAUGCACUAGAAUAACUGUACAACAAAUCAAGAACAUUAUGCAUUUUUCUGACAUAUGAGGAGGCCAAGAAAACAAUUUUAUUAUUUUUUUCUGACAGGAGCAUUUUUAUGUCGACCCUCAAUAUGAAAAACUCCUUUUUUGUAUAGAUUAUGUAUGCUUUGUGUUAAAACAAAGCUAACACACAACAGUGUUAAAGCUCUGCUUCAUCAUAGAUGGUGUUCAUGAAUCAUGCAAGACAAAUACUUAAUAUCGGAAAAAAGGCCUCAUUGUAUCCUGACACCAGUUGGAUGUUUUCAGACGGUUUAGUUCUCAAAACUGAAUUUUACUUUGUCAUCAUCUUUUUUUUUUGUUGUUUCUGCAGCUUCUGCAGUCAAUUUUUUUUGCGUGAUAGCCUUUUGAAGAAACUCAUCAAAUGGAUAUUUGUUAUCACAUACUUUACUAUUUUCUGCUGAAAAUACAGAUUUAUUUUUUAAAUUAGUUAAAUAAAAAUGCACAAAAUUCUCAAUGCAAUGUGCGAUUAAAGUACAGAUAGGUUUUACUAUCAGAUGUUUUACACU